UACUGCACAAUUGUGUUGGAAAAAAACUUGAGUGCUCCUAACGAGUUUGAAAUCCGAGAGAGCAAGGGAUUGAAUCAAUCGAAGCAGAGGACAUGUGGAUUUGAUCCAAACAUCAAUGGAAGUCAACAAUUCACCGAGAAAUUCAAAUCUUCUCAAUAAACUCAAAUCCUUGAUCAUUUUAGGGUUCAUUUUUUUCUUGCUUUCUACCCAUACAGUUCUUGCCAAAUCUCGCCGUCCAGUCACUGAUGCUGAAACCAGGCAAAAGAAGCAGGAGUGUUACGCUGAUAUCGAGAGCGGAUUGUGGGGUUGGCAAUGCAAAUCUUCAGCUACCGAAAAGGAAAAUUGUGCCCUGCGAUGUCUUUCUCCCACUUGUUACGAUCUAGUUUAUGGCAGUGAUCCGCUCGAGGAAGGAGAGAAGGAUCUUGCCAGGAGUCAAGAGUAUAAGUAUUGUAUAUAUAAGUUAUCGAUGGGGGAGAGUCUGGAGGGUAUUAAGGGAUCCUUUGACUACUGAUGUUUGUCUGCUUUGUCAAGAUUGUCUGUGCUAUAUAAUUGUCUGAUGUUCCAUUAUGCCCUGUUCUUCUGACUGCCUUUUAACAUUUGGGUCAAAAUAUAAGGUACAAAUAGGGGUGGUCAUUCAAACCGCAAAAACCGAAUUGAAAACUGAAACCGAAAAAUGUGGAGUAAAACUGAACUUAAAACCGAACCGAACCGUUUUUUAAUUAAAAAAUAUUACAUAAUUUUUUUUAAAAAAAUGUCAAAACCGAAUUUGAAAUGGUUCGGUUUGGUUCGGUUUGAAACAAUAAAUCGGUUCGUUUCGGUUUCACAUAUUAAAAAAUUUGAUUCGGUUUGGUUUGACAACCGAACCGAAUCGUUUUCACCAACCCUGAGUUCAUUUUUUUCUUCCUUUCUCUCUCUCUUAGACUCUUUCUCAAAGGUCAAACUUUUAGUUCUUGAUUUUUAUUUAUUGAGUAUGCAAAUAUCUUCUAAAGUAGGUUAUUAAACA